AUGUCGGAGAAAACUAAGGGAAGGAAAGAGGAAGUGGUGACCAGAGAGUACACCAUCAACCUCCACAGACGCCUUCACAGCUGCACCUUUAAGAAGAAGGCACCAAAUGCGAUCAAGGAGAUCAGGAAGUUUGCAGAGAAAGCAAUGGGUACCAAGGACGUUAGGGUGGACGUGAAAUUGAACAAGCAAAUUUGGAGCAGAGGAAUCAGAGGUCCACCAAGGAGGAUCAGGGUUCGUGUUGCACGUAAGAGAAACGACGAUGAAGACGCAAAGGAAGAGUUUUUCUCACUUGUUACAGUUGCUGAAAUCCCAGCAGAAGGACUCAGCGGACUUGGCACUAAGGUCAUUGAAGAGGAGGAUUGA